GCACCCGCUCUACCCCCUGUGCCACGACAACCCUUUAUCAUCCAAGUCGUCUAUAUAGAAAAGAAACCCUGCAUAUGUGGCCCCUAUAUGACAUCCUAUUUGAUCCAUUUCUCAGCAUGGACAAUGAAAGGCUUUCUGACCUCUGGCGAAGGGCGCAGACCCUUGGACAGGGAGGGAAAGACAAAUCUUAUGAAUGGUUUGAUUGAUGGAUAUAGAGAUGGAGGCAGGGACUUCGCCAUAAAAAGCCUGAGCAAACUCUUUUCAUUGGUGGAGGUGCAUUCAAUGAAAAAGGUGGUUUUAUUAACUGUAGCUAAGCAGGUUUGGCAGACUAUUCUGGUCGAACGUCGUUACAGCCUGACACCCACAGGUUGGGGUAGAUGAUGCCCCCACUUGUUGCCUUGGAGUCCUUAAACUGCUCAGUUUCCCAAGAACUGCAGUGAAUAGGAAUAAUAAGGGGGGGGGGGGGCAUGUCAGGUUUUGGCUGCGCUCUCCUUCCGCGCGCAGCGAGAUGGCGGAGGACAUUUAACGCUAAAGUCACGGGAACUCCGGCUCGCCAUGCCGACGAAUAUCCAUUGAGGGAAAUUCGCAGCGUUAGUCAUCGCAACAACUACCCGCAGUGUGUGUGUAGUGGUCGCCUAUAGCCUCUCUUGUACCGCUUUCCACCGGGAUCCACAGCGCACAAGUGGGCUUGGCUAUACAGACGUUCUCUCUGCGCUCCGCGUCUCUACACUGCGUGCGUGAUUUCUCCGAGCCGCAGCGGUUUAGCACGGCCGAGCGGCAUGGUCACAUGCCGGCUGGGUCGGUGGCGGUGUGCGCUGGGUGCCCGGGUCAUUAGGGUGUUUGCGCAGGACGUGGCGAGCCGACGCCAGUGAUCCGGCAGGUGAUGUUUGCUCACGUCAGCCUCUCGCGUUUGAGGAGAGGCGCAGGGGACGCGGCUGGAAGGUGCGCGCCACUGUUGCAUCGCCUCACCGGAUAACCGCUGCUAUUUCAUCCCGUUGUUUCCUCCUCGGCUUUUUGUUCUGUUUUUCUUCUCUCUUUUUUUUGGUUUGUUUGUCAUUUUUCAUACCAACUAACGGGUUUUCGGGAUUGGGACUCUUUUAAAGAUCGAAAUAAGUGGAUAAAGGACCCGACCUUGUGUGUGCGUGGAGUGCGUACCGUUUCUUUUGAUUCCCCCUGUACGCGCAAGCGGCUUUUUUUUAUUCAGAGAGGCAAUGCGCCCACCCAUGCGAUGCUAGCCUAUUAGCUGGAGAGAGGAGAGAGAGAGGGGGAGAGAGGAAGAGAGAGGGAGGGAGAGAGGUUUCUGCCCUGGAAUCGAGAGGAGGCUAAUUUACGAGUCUUGUUUUGCCUUUCAGGAAAAGGGGAGAUAAGGGGGAGGGGGGGCGGGGGGGGCGGUUGGUUGGUUGGUGUAGGAAAAUGCAGCAAUCACAUUUUUAAGCAUGCAGAAGCGGGCCGUUUCCGGUUCCUAGGCUGGUGUUUCUCCCCCAUCCGAGGCCAGCAGCCGUAUGGGGAAAGCAGCGGCAGACACAGAUGGCAUGGACACUUCCACAAGGUCUGCCGCUCUGCCCUGCCUGCUCUGCCGGAGCCCGUUCGCCGCCGUCUCUCUCUUCCAGCUCGCUCCGCCGCCCAGCAGCACUGCAGCACAGCACAGGCUGACGGCAUGAGGCUUGAUCCAGUGCAUUUCUCCAUGCUGGUCAUCGGGGUCUCCUUCGCCUGCUACGCCCCGAGUCUCAACUCCCUCCAGGACCAGGCGUACCGAGCAGCCGUGGUCAUCGAGGGCGAGGUGCGCUCCUCCCCGCAGAACGCCUCCUCCCGGGAGCCUUACAGUGUGAAUGUCAAAGUGCUGGACGUGUGGCCCGUCAACAGCGGGGGCCUCGAGAGGGAGCAGCUCGUGACCGUCGGGGACUUCGGUUCCGAGGCCCCGUGCACCGCGGUGGAGAAGGACCACAGAUAUAUCUUUUUCAUGGACCCCACCGCGGAGCCCUUGGUAUUCAAGGCAUCGUACGCCCCCGUGGACGCCAGCGAGCCGGAUCUGAAGGAUGUGGAGAGAGUGUUGUGCGAGGACUGCGCCUCUGCUCCCAAGCUCCGGCUGAUGCGAGGCCAGUCUCUGCUGGAAGGCGACAAGAUGCACCUGAAGUGCGAGGCGUCGGGGAGUCCCAGCCCGUCCUUCCGCUGGUACAAAGAUGGACACGAGCUUCAGAAAGGCAGAGACCUCAAAAUAAAGACCAACAAAAAAAACUCAAAGGUGCAGAUCAGUCAUGUCCGUCUGGAAGACUCUGGCAACUACACCUGUGUGGCGGAAAACUCGCUAGGACAAGAAAACGUCACGAGUAUAAUCAGCGUGCAGAUCUUGACCACCACCACCACCACCACCACCCCUUCUCCAGGUGUGAGUCACGCGAGGCGCUGCAACGACUCGGAGAAGGCCCACUGCGUCAACGGAGGAGACUGUUACUUCAUACAUGGUAUUAACCAGCUGUCCUGCAAGUGUCCCAAUGACUAUACGGGGGACCGCUGUCAAAACUCCGUCAUGGCAGAUUUCUACAAGCUUCUCAGAAUUGAAUUUAUGGAGGCCGAGGAGCUCUAUCAGAGGCGGGUGCUGACGAUCACGGGCAUAUGCGUGGCCCUGCUGGUGGUUGGCAUCGUUUGUGUGGUGGCCUACUGCAAAACCAAGAAGCAGAGGAAGAAGAUGCACAGUCACCUACACCAGAACCAGAACCAAAACCAGAAUCAGUGUGUAGAGCAACCCAACCGCAUGCUGCCCAACGGACCCAAACACCCCGGCCCAGAGGAGAUCCCCAUGGGUGAUUACAUCUCCAAGAGCGUCCCAACGACAGAGUGUGUCAUCAGCCACGGCGCCGAGGGCGCGGGCAACUACGCAGGCAGCCGAAUGUCAACCCGCUCCCACCACUCUACCACUGCCUCGCAUGCUUCCAGACACGAGGAGCAGACGUGGAGCAUGGAGCGAACAGACAGCAUGAACUCAGACUGCCAGUCAGGUGGGCUGUCCAGCUCUGUGGGAACCAGUAAGUGCAGCAGCCCGGCAUGCAUGGCGAGGAGGGCUGCCCACUGGACGGACAUGUCCGGUCCGGGGAUGCAGUACGGGGACUCUUACGACUCUCUAAGAGACUCGCCUCACAGUGACCGGUACGUGUCGGCGCUGACCACGCCAGCGCGCCUCUCUCCGGUGGAGUUCCACUACCCCCCGUUGCCGCCACAGGUGCCCACCUUUCAGAUCACCUCGCCCAACACAAGCCACGCCCUCUCCCUGCCCCCAGCCGCAGCCGCCUACCAUAGAGAGGACGACCAGCCGCUGCUACGAUGCCCCGAUGACGGGAGUUUAUACAGACAGCCUCGGCGCCCGCGGCGGCCCUACCUGACGGAGAGCACAGGAAGUCUACCGUCCAGCCCCUACCGUCUCCCUGACGACGAGGCCUACGAGACCACGCAGGAGUACGCCUCCUCGCGGGAACCCAUCAGGAGCCGGCGGCGCCCGCGACGCAACCGCCUCAAUGGACACAUCUCCCAGCGUUCAAUGGGUCUACGGGACUACAGCUCGCAGAGCUUCAGCCAGUCCGACGAGGAGGAGGAGGAGGAAGAGGAGGACGAAGAGGACGCUCACGGGGAGAGCACGCCUUUCCUUAGUAUGCAGAACAUGAACAUGGACCCGCCCCUGACCGGCCCAGGUUACCGCGCCUCAACCGGUGCGGACACACGGACUCACCGCGGGCUGAGUAGUCGACCACCGACACGCAGCAACGGGCAGAGCCGCGGCUCGCAGCCGCAGCGCUCCAAGGCUGAUAACGUGCCCCUUUAAGACUUAACCCCCCCCCCCACACACACACACACACACACACACAACACCACCCACCCCUCCACCUCACACACUCCCCUUCCUCCUUCUGUACACAACCAGUGGACUAGAGAUCUGCAACUAGGAGAAAUAUUUUUAUUUUGUAUAACAGACAGAUAUUCUAAACAAAUGAAAUAUUUAUUUUCAUUUCAGCAAAAAUUGUCUACUAGCUAACAGCAAAGACUUUUUUUAUAAGGGGGGAAAUAUUUCUAUGUAAAGUUUUUUGAUUUACAGCAUUAUGAGCGAUGAAAAAAUAAGAGAAUUACGUGCCAAUUUUUUCACAAGUUAGAUAAAUAGAAUAAUAUUGUGGUGCCUUUUGCUGUAUGCUGAAGUCGGAGGUCCCAUUGAGUUUUUGUAGCCUUUCUUAUAAAGACUCCUCGUUUUUAUAGACCAACCCUCUUCCUUCCUUUUGCUUUGGUUUUUUCUCUGAUUUGGGAUCUUCCUCUUUUUGAACUGUGAUCUGAUUAUGUCAUCAUGCAAUAUUGAUUCCUCCUGUGUAAAAGGUGUCUGUUUACAUGAGUAUGAUCCACGCGGCGCGCUCGAUUCACAGGGACAUUAGUCACUGACGCAACCGGAAGUGUAGGGUAGUUUUCCCCGGGUGAAUCACAUCGACCAUUUAUGUCCUUGUUCGCUGCCUGUCAGUCAUUAGGCGUUAUUCUUGUUAAAACAAGAGUGUUAUUGAUUUAUUGAGGGGAAGUAAAUCCAUAUUUUUGUGCCAUGACAUUGGUGGUAGUUGCAGUGUGAGUGUGCGAGUGUGUGUGUGUGUGUCCGUGGGCCUGUAUGUUCACUCCAUAAAGCCUCAUUUGGCUGGCGCCUCCGUUCACCUUGAAAAGUGUGGUCUCUUGUUUGACCGACAGCCUCCUCUCACCAAUCCUCACGCCGCCAGAAGCUUCAUUGCACUGUAAGAACCGCCCUCCGUGAGCAGUCAUUGGCCGGGGAGCUGCCGAUCCAAACCGAACCGAACCAACCCAGUUGUAAUCCAGCCUGACUCUGGCCUCCUGUGGACUGCCCAGCCCGCCCGUUUCCUAUGCCAGCAGCUUAGAGCCGCACUGUGUCUCAGGACUUCCCCAUCACAUCACCGCCAAAAGACUCAAAGCAGUGAGCGCACGUCGUCUCAGUCACAGUUCAGUCCGCAGGCCAGAUCCUCAUCCGCUCGCCCUCCCUCCUGUCUCUCCGUCAGGUUUGUUGCGUUCACUCGUGGCCAUGGUUAAGGGAGCGUGGGCAAAGACUCUCGCAAUCAGAAGGGAGAUUCAGUCGCUUUUUUUACUUCAAAAGCUUGUCUGUUUGGGUGUAAGUGGGCAUGUGUGCGUCGCCGCGUGUGGGUCACAACGACGACGACGACGACAACGAUGAUGAUGAUGAUGAUGCUGAAAAAAUGAUGCAGAGACCACAUCUGUUCACUAUGUUGCAGGGGUGUAGCUAGGAAUUCUGGGCCCCCUGAGGAGGAGGAUACCGCUGUGGGUUCCCCCUCUUCUUCUUUUACGCAUACAAACCUGCUACUUUACGGGCCCUCUCCAACUGUGGGACCCGGGAAUCGCCACCGCCUGUUUCACCCCCGUGGCGAUGGCGCUGCUCCGGCGGCAGGUUGCUGCGUGCUGGUUCACACCGCUUGAGAGCGAGUUUCUGAGUGCAGUUCUCCUUUUCCUUAAGCUCACAGCCAAACGACGGUAUAUGAUUAUACCGAUUACUGCAUCCUUGAUUUGCAUUCCUGUACCUUUAUUGAUUGAACUUUCUUUGCUUGGUCAUAUUGACUGAAUGAUCUGUUAUAUGUCCCCCCCCCACCCCCCUCCUCCCCUCCUCCACCUCACAUCGCCCCCCUCACCUUCAUGUCUUUCUCACCCCCGACCUACAGAAGCAACUAGCAGAUGAAUUUAGGCCCCAUCUCCAGACAAGUGUACUGAACUGCACAGCUCAGAAUCGGGUUUAGAGACCCUUUCAGGCUCGCUGAGGAAAAUGCGUCCUUGUGAGACUUAAUUUCCAACCAAGUAGAGUUUUUGGGUGUUUUUUUUUCUUCUUUCACACAGGAGAUGCAUGGAUCACAGAUAUAGAAAGUAUCUUAAAAAUUGCGACAAACCCCUUCAGAUUUAGGGGGAUCAUGCUAGAACUAUAUAAAAAAAAACAUGAUUUGGGUUUCAUGGCCCAAAAGUCUGGCUAGUUUUGUUUUAGCGUCAUUGUAAUCAAUCUGGGAUUUGCAACGUGGAAAUACUGCAAGUGAGGGUAGUGUGCUUCUAGAGCUAGUUGAAUUGUUAACAACCACCCGCCCCCUCUUUCUCCUCACCCUGCACUCCCCCCUUUACCCUUUACAUACACACACAAUUCACACAUCACAGUAAACACACACUGACCCACACUAAGCCUCAUAGGACACACACACACACACACACACACACA